GCUGGGAGAGCGCGCUAAUUACAGAGGAGGAAACGCGCGGGCAACUCUGACCGCAACGAAGCACCGCCGCCAGCAGACCAUCCGCUAACGCGCUGCCCAUCCAGGCAGCUGCAGCCAGCAAUAGUCCAAGGCAAGCAGCUGCAGCCCAUCCAGGACGCUGCCCGCGUACAUUCCGCGUACAUUAGGCGACAGAGCCCGCGCACACUGCACAUAAGGUGACAAAGGGAGGCCGACAGGCAAACCGCAAUGCUCAAAGCCGUCCGCAAAGCGGCGCGCGAGCGGCGCGGCGAGCCGACGCUGCUGUGUCGCGCCAUCUACGAUUUCGUGGCCGAGGGCCCCGAGGAGUUGUCACUAAGAGCGGGGGACGAGGUCCAGUGCCACCAGAAGCAGGACGACGGGUGGUGGUUCGGCGUCGUCGUCGACGGCGAGCGGCCGCGGGGCGGGUUGUUUCCGGGCGCGUACGUCGAGGAGCUGCCGGAGGACGCGCCGCGGCCCGUCGUGCUGCGCGAGCCGCUCGCGGAGUCGCUCGUGGAAGGCCGGACGACGGAGCUGGCGCCGAGCCCGGGCAAGGAGGCGCUGUUCGCCGCGGCCGCGGGCCAGGGGGGCGAGGACGCCGUUUUUGUCGAGGAGGCGCCGGAGGGCGACUUCGUGGAAGACUCGCCGGACGACGAGGAAGACUCGCCGGACGACGAGGAAGACAUGGCGCUGCGGACCGUCCUCUUGCUCGAGCGGCGCGCCGAGGCGGCGGAGGCGUCGCUGGCAGAAGAAAGACAGAAGGCAGCGGAGUUCCGCGACGCGACGACGCAGUCGCUUCGCGAGCUGAACGACGCCCUGGCGCAGGCGCUCCAGCCCGUCGUAGGUGGCGUGCUCCUGACGCCGCCCUCGGAGACGUUCUGGGAGGACGACGCCGAGGCCGCGGACGACGUGGAGAACGACCUGAAGCGAGCCUUGGAACCUAGAUUGGUCGUUAGGCUUCAGCGCAAAACCCUAGAUUGGUCCGACCUCUGCGCCGCCGUCUCGCAAGUCGUCGCGCGCCACGCGACCCCGAUGCACACCCGCCAGGGCAACGAGUUCGAGGCCACGGACUGGGCAUCACCCUCUGUUUUAAAUGACGACCAACGCCACAGCGAGGUGCCCCUCGAGACGCCCCUGAAGCAGACCAAGAUAGUGGACCUGCGGAAGCCGGCGCCGCCGCCGCGCUCCGACGGUGAUGUGGCGGCGGAGCAGAAGCCCCAGUUGCGCGCGCUGUUCGACGCGUACAAGGAAGGUACUGGCGUGGGCCACGUGUCGCCGGCUGGCUUCCUGCGGCUGUGCCGCGACAAGCGACUGUGUCCGGACCUGCUCGAUCGGCGGGACUGCGCGCGUCUAUGCAAGCUGGAGCUGACGGGCGUGGCGGGCCUGAACGAGGCGCGGCUGGGGCGGGCCCUCGCGCGCGCGGCCGUCGCGGCGUUCCCGGCGGUGGACCCGGCGUGCGCCGUGGACGAGCUGUUCGACCGCGUCGCGAGCGUGCCGACAGGAUUGCCAAGCUCGCCGACAGGAGCACCGGCCGCGGCCGACGCGCCGCCGCAGAUGCUCCCCCUGUCGCCCCUGCAGGUGCACGGUUACCCCGCGUACUACCACCAGCCGGGCGCCGCGCCAGCGCCGGCCCGCGGCGGGGACCCUAAUAAUACGUGAGUAGCUAUCUUGGUC